CCGCCCGAAACAUCAUUAUCCCCCAGCCUGACCAGAUCUCUGGAGCACCUGGAGAGCCUUUCUGUCAGCCUCCUUCAGCAGCGAAAGUCCCUCCUGCAACGCAAGAAAAGCAAAGAAUCAGACCUGAUACCGCCCAGGUCCCCGGACCAGGACGCUGAGGACUACGCCAGAGCUUUGGCCGCGUUGCGACGUCAACACGAGGAGGAAAUUAAGGCAAUAUGGGACAACGUCCAGGCUAACUGGGUGCCCAAGGAAGAGUUUGAAACAUUUGCUGCCGAGACCGAGCAGCAGAUCCACACACUCCACCAACACCUGAAGCGAAUAUGUGCAGAUGCGCAGGAAAACGGAGGAGGAGGAGGAGUUCUACCUGCCGAAGACGCUGCUCCAGGCAAUCAAUACCAGGGAAAUCCGAGCUUAUUUAUACUGUUGCGGCAGUUGGAGAAGGCUAACGAAGCAUUUACCAGUCUUCUCCGGAGCGAGACCUUCAGGGAGGAGUUCGAACCCACGGGGAGUGGUCGGCCAACUAGACAGAUGGCCGAGGGCAUGACGAAGGCACUGGCGCACCUCACCUCGGCUGCAGAGUACCUCCGCGCCCGUCUCUACGGUAAGGAUUUUGAGGGAAUAGAGGAGGACGAGAAGGAAUUACCCUCUAACUACGACGGUGAUGACGAUAUCAAUGGAAACAAGGGGGACAACGCGCACCCCGAAUGGGAGCCCAGACACCCUACACCACUGCCCUAUCCCGUUAUUCUUCGCCCGCCAAGAGGUCAAUAUCUUGCAUUCAACGAAGAGGAAGAAAGUGAGAUCUGA